UAAAUAAUAAACAGUUUUUUCACAACAAAAACAAAUUAUUUGUUGAUUGCAUUUGAAUUGUCGUCUCUGAAGAAGUCAUCCAAAGUAUUAGAUUAGACAAAACCACAAACAAAUUGAUUGGAUCCAAACAAUUAUGGACAACAACAACAAUGACUACAAGAAAGCCGUCAGAGAAUUGCAGUUCCGUUGCGAUGACUUGGAAGCGGUUCUCGAGUCAGAAGUCAAAGAAAAGAAAACCAAAGACAAACAGUUGACGGAACAGAUGGUUGUUAUACAAGAGUUGAGACACAUUCGUGACAAUAGUGUCGAACUUAAUGAAUACAAACAACUGAAAGAUAAUUAUGUAAAAGUUGGGGAAGAAUUGGCUAAUAUUAAAGUGAUAAACGAAUCGUUGACUAAAAGACUUCAGUCGACUAAUGAUGAUUUGGAUUCAUUGUACAAGAAGUACGAGUUGGCCAACGAUAAAGUGGAACAGAUUAAGACAGACAAUAGUCAGUUGAUGACAAAACUUGCCGAACGAGAUGAACAGUUACAAGAUAUGGAAGUUUUGAAACAAUCGACUAACGAGUUGUUGAAAGAGUUGGCAAAAGAAAAAGAAGAAAACUUGAAAUUAAAUGAUAUGAUUAAAACGAUUCGCGAAGAAUAUCUUAAGAACAAUGAGCUCAAUGUAUCGGUUGAUGAGUUCAACGCCUCAUUCAAUGCUUUUUAUGAUAAACACAUUCAAAACUCGUUUAACGGCAGUUGUGUCGGCGAAUCUAUGGAUUGUGUGGUCGAUAUCAAGUUGAAGGAUAUGGAGACAAACCUCGAAGAGAAAAAUAAAGAAUUAAAUGAAGUUAAUGUCAACAAUAAAGAGCUCAAGAGUAAGAUUGAAGUGUUGACCAAAACUACUGAACAGAUGAAUCAAAUGAUAGAUAGGAUGGAAGCGGACUUACAGAAGUUGAAAGAUAACACCAUUAACAUUGAUGUUCAUCAACAGCUAAUAGAAGAUCAUCAACAGGUCAUUGAAGAUCAUCAAAAAGAGACGUAUGAGUUAAACGAAAAGUUGACAAAUUUUAGCCAUGAAUUGGAUUCAAUGACCAAAAAGUUUGAAGUGGCCACGCAUGAGAUGGAACAGAUUAAGGAAGACAAUCAACAAUUAGUGACAAAAAUUACAGAACAAAACAUUAAACUACAAGAGUCUGAUUCAAGUAGUCAAUCGAUGGAUAAAUUGAUCAAAGAUUUGGAAAAAGAAAUGGAAGAAUAUUCGGUAUUAAAUGAAACAAAAAUUAAAGAAUUGAACACAAAUUUGGAAGAAAAGGUCAAUGAGUUGACAGUAGUUAGCAUUGAAAUGCAAGUAUUGAAUACUAAAGUAACGGAAUUGAAUACAAUUAAUGAACAAAUGAAAGAAAUAAAUGAAGUCAUAAACAAAGAAUUGAAUGAAGUUAUGGUCAAUAAUGAAGAGCUCAAGAGUAAGCUUAAUGUUUUGACAACAACAACAGAUCUGAUGAACCAAACAAUUGAUACGAUGGACGCCGAGUUGCAAAAAAUCAGAGAUAACAGCAUUGAUAUCAAUAUUUAUCAACAGGUCAUUGAAGAUCAUCAAAAAGUGACGGAUGAGUUAAAUGCAAAGUUAAACUAUUUUAGCCAUGAAUUGGAGUCAAUGACCGAAAAGGUUGAAAUGUCCACUCAUGAGACGGAACAGAUUAAGGCAGACAAUCAACAAUUGGUGAAGAAAAUAGCUGAACAAAACAUUAAACUACAAGAGUUUGAUUCAGAGAGUCAAUCGAUGAACAAAUCGAUAAAAAAUUUGGAAAAAGAAAUGCAAGAAAAAGUCAAAGAGUUGACAGCAGUUGUCACUGAAAAUCAAGAAUUGAAUACUAAAGUAAUGGAAUUGAAUGCAACUAAUGAACAAAUGAAAGACAUGAAUGAUGUGUUGAACAAAGAAUUGAAUGAAGAAAAGCAAAAGUUGGUUAACACAGACAAAGAAUGUGAACAACUAAAGGACAAUCUCCAGAAAGUAAAUGAUAACUUGAUCGGCGCUAAAGACACCAUUGCGUCUAUUAAUGAGAAGAUCUACAUAUUAACCAAUGAAAUUGAAUCGGUUAAUGAUAAAUAUAAUAUGAAAAGUAAUGAAACGGAUCAGAUUAAGACUUUUAACGAACAAUUGUUGGAUAAAUUAACUGAACAGGAAAUACAAUUUCAUAAUGAAACGGAUCAGUUAAAGAUACAGAACAACCAAUUGAUGGAUCAAAUUGCUGAACAAGAAGUUAAAUGGCGAGAGGAAACUGAAAAGCUUAUGACUGAUAACAAACAAUUGAUGGAUAAUAUCAAUGAACAACAAAUUCAAUUGCAAGAGAUUGUGUCACUAAAAAAUGAAUUAAAUCAAUUGUCGAGUAAUAACAAUCGUCUAAAUAUUGAUUUAACCAAAGAAAAUGAAAAAUCUGUAAAAUUGGAGACAACUCUGAACGAAAUGAAGACUGUUUUAGAAGAGAAGAACAGUAAGUUAGCUGUUGUUGUGUUUGAAAAUGAAAAACUAAAGUCUAAAGUAUCGGAAUCGAUGACAAUGAACGAAGAAUUGAAUAAAAAAGUUGAUAUGAUGUCCAAAGAGUUGGACGAAGAAAAACAGAAAAAGUUUGACGCAAACAAAGAGAUGGAAGAAUUGCAUUCAAUUGUCGACAAAAGAUUUUCUACUUAUAAGAAGGCAUUGAGUGAAUCACAACUCAGAGAAAAAGAGUUGCAAACAAAGUAUUUGCAAGAAGUCGACAGAAAUAAGAACGCUAUUAAUCAGUACGAGAAAGUCGUAUCUGAUUUGAAGACUCGACUCAAUACUGAAGAAAUGUCUUUCGAUUUUGAACGCAAAACGAAGGAACGAUAUGCCAAAGAAAAUGAAAAUUAUAUGAAAGAGAAUGAUAAGUAUUGUCGACAAAUAGGUUUUCUUGAAAAUGAAAACCGAAGACUUCGGGAAACUAUUGAUUCGUAUAAUAAGUCAAUGAUAGCUACGAGUGCUUCAACCAGUAAUGUCUAUUCAAUGCCUACAACAGUACAUAUUCAUACAAAUCCCAAUUCUUCAACCAAUUUAAGUAUUAAUCCGAUGGACAUAACAAAUCCAAAUAAUAGUUCCGUAUCAUUGAAUAUGAGUCGAAAACUGCCGGCAGGAACCGGUAGUCGUCUAAUUAUGGCCGACGAAGAGGGAGAGUUCAUGAAUCCCAACAAUUUGUUGGCUUUAAAACGCGGUGAAUGUUCAGUCAGUGAUUCGGUUCUCGAUGACCAGCGACUAUCAAUACUUCAAAGACGUAACACUAUGGUUGCACCACAUUUGAAGACAUCAUAUGGAGUGGAACUGCCGUUUAUGUCGGACAGAUCUAUUGGUCCCGAAGAUAUCAAAAAUGGUUUUCAUAGCAAUCAAUCAAAUAAUGCACUAAAAGAAAUACAAAAUGUCAGUUAUCGACGAAAUGAUGUGUCCAUUACUCGAUGGAAAGACAACUCUGUCCGAUCCGACAAUGUCUCAGCAAUAGAUGGCAACAAAUCUAUUGCCAAUAAAAGGAGAGUCGAUUCACUACGGAUUAGUUCAUCGAAAUUAUUGAAAACCAUAACAACUCCGACCAAAGCUAUGAAAAGAGCCAUCAAUUUGAGGAAGACUUGGACUCCAAGAUCCAAAAAUAUGGACAACAAUAUUGACUACAAGAAAGCCUUCAGAGAAUUGCAGUUCCGUUGCAAUGACUUAAGUUUGCAAUUGGAAUCGGAUCUCGAGAUAGCAGUCGAUGAAAAUGAAUGCAAAGACAAACAGUUGGCAGAACUGCGGAAUAUUAUCCAAGAGUUGAGACAUAUUCGUGACGAUAGUGUCGAUGAAUACAUACGAUUGCAUAUUAAUUAUGAAACAGUUCAGGAAGAAUUGGCUAAUAUUAAAGUGAUAAACGAAUCGUUGACUAAAAGACUUCAGUCGACUAACGAUGAUUUGGAUUCAUUGUACAAGAAGUAUGAGUUGGCCAACGAUAAAGUGGAACAGAUUAAGACAGACAACUGUCAGUUGAUGGUAAAACUUGCCAAACGAGAUGAACAGUUACAAGAUAUGGAAGUUUUGAAACAAUCGACUAACGAGUUGUUGAAAGAGUUGGCCAAAGAAAAAGAAAAAAACUCGAAAUUAAAAGAUGAAAUUAAAAGGAUUCGCGAAGAAUGUCUUAAGAAGAAUGAGCUCAAUGUAUCAGUCGAUGAAUUUAACGCUUUUUCGUUUAACGGCAGUUGUGUCGGUGAAACUAUGGAUUGUGUCGUCGAUAUUAAACUGAAAGAAAUAGAGAGAAAUCUUGAAGAGAAAAAUAAAGAAUUAAAUGAAGAAAAACAAAAGUUGGUUAAUAUAGAUAUUCAAUUGCAAGAGAUUUUGUCACUAAAAGAUGAAUUAAAUCAAUUGUCGACUAAUAAUAAUAAUCGUCUAAAUAAUGAUUUAACCAAAGAAAAUGAAAAAUCUGUAAAACUGGAGACAAAUCUGAACGAAAUGAAUACAGUUUUGGAAGAAACGGAUAGUAAGUUAGCUGUUGUUGUGUUUGAAAAUGAAAAACUAAAGUCUAAACUUUCGGAAUCGAUGACAAUGAAUGAAGAAUUGAAUAAAAAAGUUGAUUCGAUAGCCAAAGAGUUGGACGAAGAAAAACAGAAAACAUUUCAAACAAACAAAGAGAUGGAAGAAUUGCAUCGAAAGUAUCUACAAGUAGUCGACAGGAAUAAGAACUCUAUUAAUCAAUACGAGAAAGUCGUAUCUGAUUUGAAGACUCGACUUAAUACUGAAGAAAUGUCUUUUGAUUUUGAACGCAAAACGAAGGAACGAUAUCUCAAAGAAAAUGAAAAUUAUAUGAAAGAGAAUGAUAAGUAUUGUCGACAAAUAGGUUUUCUUGAAAAUGAAAACCAAAGACUUCGGGAAACUAUUGAUUCGUAUAAUAAGUCAAUGAUAGCUACGAGUGCUUCAACCAGUAAUGUCUAUUCAAUGCCUACAACAGUACAUAUUCAUACAAAUCCCAAUUCUUCAACCAAUUUAAGCAUUCAUUCGAUGGAUAUAACAAAUCCCAAUAACAGUUCCGUAUCGUUAACACAUACAGCAGUCCAAAGUCAUACAAAUCCUAAACGUCUUAAAACUGACUUAAAACACGGAGAAUGUUUGGUCAAUGAAUCGGUUCUCGAUGACCAACGAUUAGCAAUACUUCAAAAACGUAAUACUAUGGUUGCACCACAUUUGAAGUCAUCAUACGGAGUGGAACUGGCGUUUAUGUCGAACAACUCGAUCGGUGCCGAAGAUAUCAAACAUGGGUUUCGUGUAAAUCAAUCAAACAAUGCGCUAAAAGAAAUACAAAAUAUUAGUUAUCGACAAAAUAAUGUCUCAAUUAAUCAAUGGAAAGACAACUCUAACCGAUCAGACAAUGUCUCAGCAAUUGAUUUCAACAAAUCUAUUGCAAAUAAAAGGAGAUAAGACCUAUAGUACUA